AUGGCGAGCAAAGGGCUUAUGUCCAAGGAGGCGACCAGCCUUGAUCCGCCAAAGGAUGAUCUAAUUUCACUGGAAGAGCUGGCCAAAUCAGAUGGAACUGAUCCAAACCGUCCCACCCUCGUCGCCAUUAAGGGUGUCGUAUUCAAUGUCUCAGGAAACCCGGCUUACGGACCCGGUAGGAAUUACCAUGUAUUCGCCGGUAAGGACGCUUCGAGAGCUUUAGCAUCUUCAUCGUUGAAACCGGAAGACUGCAGGCCAGACUGGUACGAUUUGCCCGAUAAAGAGAAAGGAGUGCUAGAGGAGUGGUUUGCGUUCUUCAGCAAGCGGUACAAUAUCGUGGGGAGAGUCGAGGGGGCUACAAACACCUGA